AUCAGUUGAAUUCGGAAUUUCGAUCGAUCGUCAGUGCCAUUGUCUGUUGAACGGUUCCCUGUACUUUGUGUUAUUAUUAAUUAUUAUAUAUAUUGAGAAAGGUUUAACUAAAAGUUAAAAGCAACGCCCUUUGUCAUCUCAAUUUAUUACCUUGGUAUUUAGUAGUGCUUAAAAACGAAACCGGUUUAAUUUGUUUUGAAAUUUCUACGAGUGUUAUAUCAUAAUUGAACAAACUUACUACUUAGCUAAUACUUAAUAAUGUUUGUCAACUAUUUUUCAAUUUUUUUAAUACUUGGUUUGGCAUCAUGUCAGUCAACUGAAACCUCUAUUGGUGAUGCUUUUAAUGCCUUACCACCGGAAUUGCAAGGUAAAGUUGAUCAAAAACAAAUUGAAGCCAUCCAAAACAAGUCAACGGAGCUGUUUAAAGAGAAAUGUGAAAAGAAUGGUGGACCACAAGCUUAUGAAAAUGCUGAGUCGGCAUUAAAAAGCUUCCGAGGUUGUAUUUCCGCUCUGGUUGACCCCAGCAAGCUACAGCAAGAAAUCGAAGAAGCCAAACCUCAGGGACAAGUUGAUGAGGUAUUCAAAAAGUACUGCGACAAAACACCGUCGUUCAGAGUCUGCUUCAGCAACCUGACAGAUGCGGUAAAGCCUUGUCUUGCCGAAGAAGAGCAGCAGAGUAUGAAGACUGUUCACAAUAUUACCGAACAACUUGCAGAUUUUAUUUGUUUCAAGGAAGGCGAUCGCAUUGCACAGAUCGUUCAAAAGGAAAUGCGAAAAUCUAUUGUUGUAUUCAUCGCUGAAAAUGGACCCGAGUGCAUCCAAGAGAAGCAGGAAGAAUUGCAAGCCUGCUUUAACAGUACCAUCGGCUCGGUGAACGUCGGAGAAGGAAACUUCACAGCUAACAGCAUACCUGCUAUUACUUUUGGGCAAAAGGAAUGCCAACAAUUAACGGAACUCCAAAAGUGUGUCGUUAAGGCUCUUGGAGGUUGUCCAUCACCAACUUCAGCUAACAUCAUUGAUUCCCUCUUCAAGUUUGCUCUCAAAGCUACCCCAUGCAAGGACUUUAUUCGCAGGGAUGCGGCUAAAAAGAGACACGGAUCAAAGGAAGAGAAGAAGGGAAACUCCGCUCAUCGCUUCGCAGUCAGCAGUUUUGUAUUAAGUGCUUUAGUUCUUAAAGCUAUGUUCUAAAACGUCAAUUCUGCUUAAAUUGCGCUUAAAGCUUUAGUAUUAUAUAUUACACUCGAUGAAUCGGUCUUUAGAAAGAGAUGCUGAACUAUCUCUGUCGCACAAACUAUUUCGAAUUCGUUAUUCAAAUUAGCUUCGUUAUGAUUGUUUUAAAUGCGCUUUAGAAAAAGCAACGUCGUAAUGGCAGCUGUACACACUCGCUUAUACGAGUGUAUACGUAAAGUUUUUAAUU